UGCCCACAGAUGUGGUUCACCACCACCUCGCCCGCUGGAGUACGGACGCUGCUGACACGGGCAGGAGAUAUUGGGCUGGCUAGACGAUGUAGCUUCCAAAUGCCAGCAACCUUGAGAACGAGAUGUGCCUGUCUGGUGACACCGCAGUGCAGGCGAAAUCAUCUUUGUGCGGCGGCAGCAACGCAACCCAACGGAAGAGGGAGAGCUAUACCCGGGAGAACUAGGCGACCUGGUGCACCUGUUGAGGGGGUUAUCGGUGGUAGCAGUCGUCGUUGGGUCUCUACGUUCGAAGAGGACUGCGAGGUCGUCGAGGAGUGCCACUUGCUUCUCUCGUCUCGACUAGACAUUCCAGCGCUUGAGGCUCGGCUGGCCGAGCUAGACGCCCUCGUGUCCGAUCCCAAGCUGUACGACGACAGCACCAAGGCUGGCAAGAUCGUAAAGGAAAGGGCCAAGGUGGAGUCUAAGCUGGAAAACGUCAAGAGCCUCAACUCGGAACUGCAGUCCUGGCGAGAAAUGUACGAAAUGGCUUCGCUGGAGGAAGAGGGGGACUUGCUCACAGAAUGCAUCGAAAAGGUGGGAGCUCUCCGGAAGCAGGCAGAGCGCGCCAGAGCAGAGACCCUGCUCUCACUUGGGGGAGAGUUGUCCGCCUCGAACUGCUACCUGGAGCUUCAAGCCGGGGCCGGUGGCACUGAGAGCCACGACUGGACCAGCAUGCUCUACAAGAUGUACACGCGCUGGGCGGAGACGAAAGCCUUUACCCUGCAGCCGUUGAACUCCAGCCCAGGAGAUGAGGCCGGGCUACGCAGCGUCAUGGUGUUCGUGGAAGGGGAGUCGGCGUACGGCUGGCUGAGGUCCGAGGCGGGUGUGCAUCGCCUUGUGAGAAACUCGCCGUAUGACCCAAACGGACGACGGCACACGUCGUUCUCGCAAGUCAGGGUGUUCCCGGAGGCAGGCGGAGAGUCUGGAGACGCCGCCAAGGUCGAAAUCCCGGCCAAAGACCUAAAGGUGGACACCAUGCGGGCCCAAGGCGCGGGGGGGCAGCACGUUAACACCACCGACAGCGCUGUCCGCCUGACCCACCUCCCGACUGGGCUGGUAGCUCUCAGCCAAAGCGACAGGUCUCAGCACAAGAACCGCGAGAACGCGAUGCGUGCUUUGAGAGCCAAGAUCUUCCAAAGAAAAGAGGAGGAGCGACACGCCAAGCGCAACGAGUACGCAGCUGGCCUAGGAGACAACGCCUUCGGCAACCAGAUCCGGUCCUACGUGCUGUCCCCCUACCAGAUGGUGAAAGACCACCGAACAGGGAAGCAGGAAGGGGAUGUGUCUGGCGUGCUCGACGGAGGUCUGGACGGGUUCAUCGAUGCCGCCCUCAUCGCGGAGCAUAGCAAGGGGGGCGAAGAGAGGAGAUAG